AUGGCACAAUGCCAUGCUUCUGUGCUCGACCUCGAGGACGCUAUCGAGUCCAUCUUUCCUUCAGAGAGCCACCAGCACUGCCAGCUCCCUGCAUCCUGCUUUGAGUUUGCGCCGCAAGUAGACCUGGGGCUUCUGCUGCGCUGGGAGGACGACGAGGCUUCUUCGAAUGAUAUGUACCUGAUGGCCAAGGACGAGUGUGCGGAGAGGCAAUACGACAACAGCGACUGCUCGUCUGCUCAGAGUCAGUCGCCCGUUCAAAUCCACCCCGAGCCCUUGCUGGACAACGUCCCAAAAUAUCGCAGGCAAAAGAAGCGUCAGGCCAAGAUCCAAGGGAGCGUUCAGAUGCGUUGGAGCAAGGAGGAGCAUAAUCGUUUUUUGGAGGGAGUUGCAAGGUUCUGCCCGUAUGCGGAGCUUUCACGAUCAGGAGACGGAGAGGGCAGAGUUUUUGUGGGGCUUGGUCCGGGGAUUGCUCAAGCCAUUGCGUGCGUGGUUGGGACGCGAACAGAGCUGCAGGUUAGAUCGCAUGCGCAGAAGUAUUUCUUAAAGGAAAGCUCUCGUCGAAGCAACUGA